UGUUCUUCAAUGUCAAAUCAAGUCAUGUUGGACUUUGGUUCUUGGCGAUGCGAUCGCCCAUGGUGCUAACCCUCGAGUUCCAAAAGCUCAAGGUUUUCUCCGCUAUUUCAACGCUCGUUAGAGCUAUUUCCGGCAAACUCCAGUCUAAAGAAAUCAUCGGAAUUGUGAAAGACACCCGAUUGAUCUCCUCUGGUUUUGCAUCAAUCUACGUUUAUCAUUUUUCUACUUUACCCGCAGUUGUAGCAAAGAAAGACUCUUCAAGUCUUCUUAUCUUUGUAAUGGACUUCAUGAGUUGGGCCAUCUUUGGGUCCAUUCUCUAUUUCUAAGUUUUUAAUGAAAUUUCUGUGACAAAAAAAAAAAGAAAAAAAAAGUAGUUUCCAUUUUAGUUUACAUGCAACCACCUAGUCACAUGCAAAAACACACGGGCAUACAAAACGACGCAGUACUUCACUUAUCGCCACUUGCAAAACGUGUAGCAAAACGCCAAGGUCCAUUAUCUUUUUCUUUUUGUAAGUGUUUGAUCAACAAAACAAUAUCUGGCAUUUGUUACAAAAAAAAACAAUAUUUGGCAUUAUCAACAUUAUUUUUCUUUCAAGAAUAAUCCGCCAUGGAAGCCAAGGGAGAAAGCCAGCAUAGCUCUAUUAUAGUUCCAUCUGUUCAAGAGAUGGUGAAGGAGAAGCUGACCACGACGGUUCCUCCGAGGUAUGUACGGUCUGAUCUUGACAAAGGUGAUAUCGACGGUGAUUUAAGAACCAAGAUCCCAAUCAUAGACAUGAAUCUCUUGUGUUCUUUAACCUCCAUGGAUGCUGAGAUUCACAAGCUCGACUUGGCAUGCAAAGAUUGGGGAUUUUUCCAGCUUGUAAACCAUGGAAUGGAAAAGGGCUUCUUGGACAAAUUCAAGUCAGAAAUUCAAGAUUUCUUCAACCUUCCCAUGGAAGAAAAGAAGAAGCUAUGGCAACAACCCAGUGAGAUCGAAGGGUUUGGACAUGCUUUUGUGGUUUCAGAAGAGCAGAAACUCGAUUGGUCAGACCUGUUCCUCCUUGUAAUGCAACCAGUCCACUUACGCAAGGCUCACUUGUUCCCCAAGUUACCUCUUCCCUUUAGAGAUAUACUAGACACGUAUUCUGCUGAAGUGAAAGGCAUAGCCAAGAUCUUAUUAGCGAAAAUGGCGAGCGCCUUGAUGAUCAAACCCCAGGAAAUUGAGAAGUUGUUUGAUGAUGAGUUAAGACAGACAAUGAGGAUGAAUUACUACCCGCCUUGUCCAGAUCCCGACCAGGUUAUUGGUCUAAUUCCGCAUUCAGAUUCUACAGGACUCACCAUACUGUUGCAGGUUAAUGAAGUUGAAGGUCUCCAAAUCAAGAAAAAUGGCAAGUGGGUUCCUGUCAAACCUCUCCCAAAUGCUUUCGUUGUCAACAUUGGAGAUGUCUUAGAGGUAUGUUAUACAUGCACAAACAUAUUUCUAGACAGAGCCGGUCAUUGACAUAGUUAAGUGAAACAUUAGUUUUGGGCCUCCAAACUUUUCCAAGUAUAUUUUUUUUACUAAUUUUUAAAUAAACUUAUUUACUAAUCUUUUUGAUAAAUUGUUUAAAAUUCUCAAUAUCUCAUGAUUGGCUC